UUUCCGUCGAAACUUCUUCUCUGCUUCAUAGUGCACAUCGCUAUAUGGACUCCAAGAACACCGAAGCAGAAGGGAAGACGAUCCUCCUGAUUUGUGAUUUUCAGGAAGGGACACUUUCCAUCUGGAAAGAGGACCCCGAGUGGAAGGAACGAACUCUUGCCAAUCUGCGAUCUCUCCUAUCCUCUGUCCGCUCAACGACCAUGUAUAAGGAGAGGAACCUCCUCAUUGGAUUUGUUGGAAUUGCAUUUAGCCCCGGUUACCCAGAAAUUGGUCCAAACUCUCAUCACAUCUUCCAAUUCUUUCUAAAGUCGGGUAUCCUUUUAAGGGGCAAUCCCGAUGUAGAAUUUGUUCCAGCUCCCGAUAUAGCAGAUGACGAUAGUUGGCCUAGAGAGUUCAUUUUGUACAAAACUCGAGGAUCUGCUUUCCAUGAUACGCGCCUGGAUACUAUAAUCCGGGCGCAAAAUGUGGAGCGCAUUGUCAUAUGUGGUCUGGCGACAAGUGGGGUCGUCUUGAGUACAGUUAGGCAAGCAGCGGAUCUAGAUUACGACGUCAUAGUGUUAGAAGAUUGCUGUGGGGACCUGAGCAAAGAGCGACACACGGCGGCUAUUGAACAUAUUUUCCCUAUGCAGACAACAGUCACACAGUCGAAAGAAUGGGUUGCAGAUCUCAAAUAAAGUCCCUAUCAUCCGUAUCACUAGCUAUUGUUUGGCUGUACAGAGCUCGUAAAUUGAAACCCUCCAACGUCAAGCGUUGUGCAUGCCAA